AUGAAGGGUCAGAAAAUCCGUGGUCGCGCUUCUGCUGGUCCCAGCAGGAGUCCAAGAGGCACGCCGCCGUAUCCCUCGGAACGGCAACGCGACGGGUCUCAACUCAGCCUCGGGGACGCUGGCGAAGCUCUUCGGCCGGUGCCCGAAACCGGAGCGCUCUCCGUCUCGGAACUCUUUCGCCACUUACCCAGAAAAUUGGUGUCCAAGCCCGGCAUCAGGACGCACGUCAUCGACGGGUACGUCAUCCAGGAGUCGAAUGAACCUUUUUCGACCGCCGACGCGACAACCAGCGACGCGGCCGCGCAGCAUCACAGUCGCGUAAGCUCGGACGCCCCGCCGACGUCACUUCCGGCUUCUGGAACGACUGUGGACCCGGGUCCGUCUAGGGCUCGCCCCAAGAAGUCGACCCCUUCCGGUAGGCAGGGUCGGAAAGCAGCGGAUCCGUUUCGCGUCAAGACGCAGCCGCCACCGCCGUCCACGACGCGGACUCCGGCGGCGACGUUGACCGUGCUCUUGACACCCGAACGUACUCCGACGUUAUCGCCGAGCGAGAAGACGGCAGGAGUGCCGACGUCGGUGACACCGAGCGCCGCUCAUAUCCCCGACGCGAAGUCGAAGGGCAACGUCCCGCCGAAGGCAUCGGCAUCGACAUCUCGUGGAGACUCGGCUUUGCAAGUGUUCAUCACACCGCCGCUGCAACCUGCACCUCCUCCCCCGCCGAGCAGGAACUCGCCCGAAGAGUGGACGGUAGAGGACGUGGCCGAGUACAUUUCGGGAAUUCCGGAGUAUGAGCAUUACGCCGAGAAGUUCCGCUACCAUGAGAUCGAUGGCGACGCGCUGUUCCUGCUGAAGGAACACCACCUGAUGACGGCGAUGAACAUGAAGCUGGGACCGGCGCUGAAGAUGUGUGCCGUGAUAAGCUCGCUGAGAGCUGCGCCCUAA